AUGCCAUUCGGCCUAAAAAAUACGGGGGCAACGUAUCAGAGGCUGAUGAACAGGAUAUUCCACGACCUCAUAGGAAAGACAGUUGAAGUCUACGUGGAUGACAUCCUCGCAAAAACAACACGACCUGACGACCUUUUGAGUGACUUGGCAAGUGUGUUCGCGUCCCUCCGACGACACGGUAUGAGGCUAAAUCCCCUCAAGUGUGCUUUCGCCAUGGAAGCUGGAAAGUUCCUCGGGUUCAUGAUAACCCAAAGAGGGGUAGAAGCCAACCUGGAGAAAUGCCAGGCGAUACUCCAAAUGAAGAGCCCAGGCAGUAUCAAGGAGGUCCAAAGGUUGGCAGGUCGGCUGACUUCGUUGUCACGGUUUCUUGGAGCGUCGGCAACGAAGGCCCUACCAUUCUUCAAUCUCAUGAAGAAAGGAAUAGCGUUCGAAUGGACACCCGCAUGCGAGGAAGCCUUUCAACACUUUAAAGAAAUCCUGGCGACACCACCCGUCCUCGGGAAGCCAAAAGAAGGGGAGCCAUUGUACCUUUACCUCGCCAUAACAGGAGAAGCCUUGGCCUCAGUUUUAGUUCGAGAAGAAGGAAGGACGCAACAACCAAUCUAUUUUGUCAGCAGGGCCUUACAAGGGGCAGAGUUGAGAUAUAACAAAUUGGAGAAGUUAGCUCUGGCGCUGCUGACCUCUUCGAGAAGAUUAAAGCAGUACUUCCAAAGCCACCGGAUCGUCAUGAGAACGGAUAAGGGGAUCCGACAAGUACUUCAAAAACCCGACUUGGCAGGGAGAAUGAUGACCUGGUCGAUUGAGCUCUCUCAAUACGACAUACAAUAUGAACCCCGGCAGGCCAUCAAAGCGCAGGCAAUGGUGGAUUUUCUAGUGGAAGUAGCAGGGGACCCAACCGAAGACACGAACACACGGUGGAAACUCCAUGUAGACGGAGCCUCCAACCAGACGUUCGGGGGGGCCGGGGUUAUCCUGGAAAGCCCGGCCGGAGUCGUAUACGAGCAAUCGAUUAAGUUCGAUUUUCCCAUUUCAAACAACCAAGCAGAGUACGAAGCCCUCAUAGGAGGCCUAACCUUAGCAUCGGAGGUCGGGGCAACAAGGUUGGAGAUAUGCAGCGAUUCGCAAAUCGUCACCUCCCAAGUAAACGGGAGCUAUCAAGCUAGGGACUCGCUGCUACAGAAAUACUUGGAAAAAGUUAAGGACUUGAGCCGAAAGUUUGAAGAAGUUACGAUCCAGCACGUCCCGAGAGAAAAGAACACACGAGCAGACCUCUUGUCAAAGUUGGCUAGCACCAAACCGGGAGAGGGUAACCGGUCUCUAAUCCAAGGAAAAUUAAAAGAGCCAGCAGUCACAUUACACCUCUCGAAGCUAAGCCCCUCCUGGUUGGAUCCCAUUAUCGACUUCCUAGAAAGCGGCAAGAUCCCCGACGAUGAAAAAGAUGCCAAAAAGCUAAGAAGGGAAGCCGCCAGAUACGCCAUCAUCCAGAGCCAGCUUUUCAGGAAAGGAUUCAAUCAUCCCUUGCUGAAGUGUUUACAUCCCGACCAGACGGACUACGUCCUCAGGGAAGUCCAUGCGGGGUGCUGUGGUCACCAUAUAGGUGGCAAAGCCCUAGCGAGGAAGUUAGUCCGAGCAGGAUAUUACUGGCCGUCAAUGAUGGCUGACUCUAGGGAAUUCGUCAAGAGGUGUGUCAAAUGCCAAGAAAACGCCAACUUCCAUCGCGCACCCGCCUCUGAGCUCAGCUUGCUAACGGCCUCUCGACCAUUCUCGCAAUGGGGAGUUGAUCUCUUAGGACCUUUUCCCGUCGGCCCGGGACAAGUCAGGUACCUCAUAGUCGCCAUUGACUAUUACACAAAAUGGAUAGAGGCUGAACCGCUGGCCAGCAUAUCCUCAGCUAAUUGUAGGAAAUUCAUGUGGAGACAAGUCAUAACACGGUUUGGUAUCCCGGAGGUCGUCAUCUCGGACAACGGAACACAAUUCACCGACAAGAAGUUCACAGAAUUCCUCACCGGCCUGGGCAUAAAGCAGAGAUUCUCCUCGGUAGAACAUCCGCAGACAAACGGGCAGGUCGAGUCCGCAAAUAAGGUCAUCCUGCAAGGGCUCAAGAAGAGGUUAGAUAGCAAGAAAGGUGCGUGGGCCGACGAGCUGGCCUCGGUCCUAUGGUCCUACCGAACAACCGAACAAUCCUCCACCAAAGAGACACCCUUCCGGCUAACCUACGGGUCAGAUGCAGUGAUACCCGUAGAGAUCGGAGAGCCGAGUCCACAGCUACUCUUGAAGGGAGUAGACGAAGCCGUCGAGAAAGACCUGAUAGAAGAAACCAGGGAAAUGGCCCAUUUGGCAGAAGCAGCGCUAAAACAAAGGAUAGCUCUAUGCUACAACGCCAAGGCGCUCAAAAGGAAGUUCGAAGAAAACGGCCUCGUCCUGAGGCGUAACGACAUCGGCCCGUCCACUCUGGGAGAAGGCAAACUAGCGGCGAACUGGGAAGGGCCAUACCGAAUCAAGGAGGUAAUCGGUAGAGGAGCAUACAAGCUAGAAAGACUCAACGGCAAGGAGGUCCCAAGAACAUGGAAUGCCGAUAACUUAAGGAGGUUUUAUUCAUAA